AUGUUUUAUACAAAAACCCCCGUUCUGAAAAUAAUCACAAAUUAUCGAAGGUUUUAUACCAUAAAUAAUCUUGGUCAUAAGUAUAGACGACCCAAUAUUUUACCUGGCUCGGAAAAAUGGGUAGAAAUUGACACGGAAGAAGUAGAUAAUCUCGGCAAGCAAAACGCUAUUCGUUAUUUGCAAGAAAUAAAUCCACAGUCGAAAAAAUGGGUACAUUCAAAAAAAAAAGUAGUUGAGAGCGAGGAAAAUGAGUCAUCAGACAAAACUUCACUGUCAAAUGAAUCAAAUAGUGAAUAUAAUACAGAAACGAGAGUCAAAAUAGUGCUUUCCGAGACAAAGUGGGCAAAACCUAGCAAGUCAGAAAAUGAAUCUGUACUUGAUCUCUUUUCCGACGUGAAUUGGGAUAAAAAGGAAAAAAAAAAAAAUUCAAGCACUAGAAAUUCAAUCGGGAGUUGGGCCGGCGCGAAAAGUUUGGAUAGGAAUGGUCAAGCGAAAAACCAUAGCAGGAAUAACAAUGGUGCACGGUUGGACACUCUUAAUGGACCCCUGAAUGACGAUCAAAAUCGAUCAGGCGGAAUUUUUGAUCGCCUCUUUGAAGGCAGAUCAAACACACAAUCGUGGAAAAUGUCUUCUUCUCGAUUAUCGGAUGCUAGAAACUUUGAUAAAGGAAAGUCGAGUCCUGCAUUUUUCAGCCGCCCUACACCAAAAAGACAACCUCUUCCCUCGCUGGGAAAGUCAAAAGAACUUUUGUCUAAAAUGGAGAUGCAGAGUGAUUUCAUAGAAAUCGGAGAAUCUCAGGGCCUUGGCAAAGAUGUGCACGACGUCAUCCGUUUGCGCCAAAAAUUUGGACCCAAAAAAGAAAAAGCUGUAACAUUCACGGAGCUUCGUAAGACAAAACCUAUUCGAAAGGAUCAUGAAAGGAGGAUGGAGGAGGAUGAUGAAUUUGAUAUUGAUAUUGAUGUUGAGCGACCAAAGAAAAAGCAGCAAAUCCUUGUAAAACCACAAGAAAUUCAAAAGGAAAUUUUCCUCCCCGAAGCCAUCAGCAUUUCUAAUUUGGCGAAGCUCAUCGGCGAACGAAUGGCAUCAUUUGAGCAUAAAUUACGUAGUCUUGGAAUAGAAUAUACAUCACAUGAUCAUUUGCUAAAUUCCGAAGAGGCUUCACUGAUCGCGAUGGAAUAUAAUUUAAAUCCAGUAGUAAACACGGUUGCAUCUUUAGAUAUUUAUUCAAAACCAAAACCUGCUGAUAUGUCUAAACAUCCAUUUCGACCUCCUAUUGUGACCAUAAUGGGUCAUGUUGACCACGGGAAAACAACACUUUUGGAUAGUUUACGAAGGUCUUCUGUAGCGGCUGGCGAAGUUGGCGGAAUCACUCAACACAUUGGUGCUUUCUCGGUUUCAUUACCUUCGAAAAAGACAAUCACUUUCCUUGACACGCCCGGUCAUGCCGCCUUUUCUGCUAUGCGUGCUCGCGGUGCUCAUGUGACUGAUAUCAUUGUUUUAGUAGUCGCGGCCGAUGACGGUGUGAUGCCCCAAACUUUAGAAGCUAUUAAGCACGCCCAAGAUGCUGGAGUGCCUAUGGUCGUAGCGAUUAACAAGAUUGAUAAACAUGACGCGAAUGUGGUAUGUGUUCUAGCGGUUCAGAUUAAAGUGCGCCAACUUCUAAUGUCAAAUGGUGUAGAACUUGAAGAGUACGGUGGGGACACACAGUGCGUUGAGAUUUCUGCACUGAUGGGUGAAGGUCUGGAAAAAUUGGAGGAGGCAAUUAUCACUCUUGCUGAACUAUCAGAAUAUCGUGCUGAGAUUGAUAUUGAAGCUGAGGGUAAUGUGAUAGAAUCACAAGUGGAAAAGGGCAAAGGAAAUGUUGCUACAGUGUUGGUAAAGCGUGGCACCUUAAAACAAGGAGAUAUAAUUGUUGCGGGCACGAGUUGGUGCAAGGUUCGCUUAAUGACUGAUGACAAGGGUCAAUCACUCAGGCAGGCAUUGCCUGGUACCCCUGUAAAAGUCGUCGGUUGGAAGGACCUUCCAAAGGCUGGUGACGAAGUUCUUCAGGCAAAAGAUGAGGAAAUCGCAAAAACUGUGGUCAACAACCGUAAGUUGAGAGAAGAGCGCGAAAAGCAAUUGAAAGACCUCGAGGUUAUUAAUGAAAAGCGGAGACAACGUAAGCAAGAAUUGGAAGUCGAACAAGCUAAUGCCAGAAAUUUCAAAAAAGAAGUUUGGAUGUUCCAUAAAGGUUUGCUUAAAGAAUAUCCUACGAUCUCUCCUCCCUCCGAAGAUAAUGUAAAGGUCGAGGAAGAUAGUACCAAAGAAUUACGGGUUGUAAUUAAAGCUGACGUGAGUGGUUCGGUUGAGGCCGUUGUAAACUCACUGGAUUCCUUAGGCAAUGAUGAAGUUACUAUCAAUUUGAUUGAUUUUGGAGUAGGUGAUAUUAACGAAUCGGAUAUCAUGAAAGCAUCCGCUUCAAAAUCAUUAAUAUAUGGAUUUAAUGUAAAAGUGAACCCAAAAGCUAGCGCACUGGCAACAGCGGAACACGUUGACAUUGCUACACACAAUAUCAUUUACAAGCUGUUGGAUGACGCGAAGGAUCGAUUAUCUAAAAUGUUACCACCUACCUUGGAAACUCAAGUUACUGGUGAAGCGACGGUAUUAAAAAUAUUUGAGAUCAAUGUUAGAGGUAAAGAGUUUAGGCCAGUAGCUGGUUGUAGGAUCACGACCGGUACAGUAACUAAGACUCAAAAGGCCCGAGUAUUGAGGGGCGAAAAGCAAAUCUGGGAAGGUUCGAUUGAAUCAUUGAAGCAAGUGAAAAAGGAUAUUCCCGAGGCAAAGAAAGGAACAGAAUGUGGUAUAAUGUUUGAUGGGUUUACGGACCUUAAAGAGGGAGAUACCAUCCAGACUACAGUCAUUAAAGAAACGCCACGAACUUUAUGA